CCAAAGGAUGAUCUCAAGCUGUUCUGUCACAGUACCUGGAUUAUAUUGUUGUCUAGUACCUGUGAUGACAGUGCCACAAUAUCAACAUUCCAGAAAGUGUACAAAAUCCUUAAACACAUUAUUUAUUGUAAUUUGAUUUGCCACUCAUUGUAAAGGACCAAAUUGGAGUUAGGGAUUGAUUUGUCCAUUUCAAUAUCUUCGAUGAAAUAACCUGGAAUUUACAUUGCCACACAGUACUGGAAGUUAAAAUUUACGUCUAUACUUGAAGUACAAGAUGAGCUGCUGUUGAUGACGACGAAUUAGUGAACUAACAGCUUAGAAGAAGUCCGGGAAGAUAUUUUACGAUACAAAGCUGGACAGUGAAAGUGACAAUUACCGUCAAGACCAAACAGCCAGAAAGAGCGUAUAAAACAGUGCGAUAAGGAACUGGACCACAUUCCAUGACUGUGGAUUCUAAAAGGCAAGAGUAAUCAAAACGAUCUCUUGAAAUCAAAUUUACAACUGAUGCUCAAGGAAAUGGACCUGUUCUCAGGGAGCUUUCUCAUACAAAUUCAGUAAUUUAAAACAAGAAAUUGAUUGGAAAUUUCAAGCUUCAACUGAAUCCAUUUAUAAUCAGAAGAAGGAGUAAUGAUAUCAACCUCAAAAUGUGAAAGAGGUGAGAGUGGAUGAACGAACCAAUCUCUAGAAUGUGCACAUUUGGACGGAUCAAAUUUACUAGGAAUCACAGAAAUCACCAAAAUUGUUUGUGUGGAAUUUUCAUGAUUAUGGAAGUUUCCCAAAUAGAUACAUAGUACAAAACUUUAUCAAUAUUUUCAAUUUAUGAUUAAUAUUACAAUGAAUAUGUCAGGAAAUUCAUCCUGCGUUGAAUGGUGGUGUGACCAGCGCGAGACUCUGAUUGUGCUGGAGGUGGUAGUUAUUUUAUUGUGUGCUAUAGGGAGCUUCGGAAAUCUCAUCACCGUUUUGGCGAUAUGUUCCAGUAGUCUCUGUAACAACAUCAACUGUGUCCUCAUCGGGAGCCUCAGUUUCGCUGGAUUUUUGUAUUGCCUCCUAAUUCUGCCACUUCAAGCAGUUGUGUUUCACCUUCAGGACCCCCAUCUCAUUCCACCCGACUUCUGUAGUGCCGCUGGCGGUAUCCGCUACACACUUGUUGGGGUUAUCAUGGUACAUCUAAGUGUAAUUGCACUGUAUCGUUACCUAAAUAUUGUACAUCUAGGACAGUACAAGAAAGCUUCGAACACUCGCCCUCUCAUUAUAACUCUUAUAGUCAGCUGGGUGUUACCCCUGAUGUUCACGGUCCCACCCUCGUUCGGAAUUUGGGGGUCAUUUCGUUUCCAGCCUGCCGUUUUAGCAUGUACAUUUAACAAUUUCAAUGUUGAUCAUUCCAAUAGAAUCGUAACUGUAACACUGGGAUUUAUUGUGCCAUGUCUUUUCAUAGUAUUUUGUUAUGCUAGAAUUGGAUGUGUAGCGUAUGGAAGUUCAAAACGUGUCGGCCAGUGGAAAGGAACGUCAGCCAUGACUAAAGCCCUCCGUCUCUCGGCCAUGAUGAUGUGUAUUUUUGCCAUAUUUUUCUUCGGAACUUUUCCAUACUUUAUAAUGAAUGUGUAUGAUCGUAGCUUUUCCAAACCGGUUCAUCACCUGUGGACGACAAUGCUUGGAUGGUUGUCAUAUUGCCUCAAUCCUGUCGUGUAUACUGUUAUGGACAACAACUUCCGGACAGCGUAUCGUCGUCUUAUUAUGGGGGACUGUGAGAAAAGUCCUUUACAUCGAGGACCAACCACCACCUCGGGCACACCUGUAUGAAACUAGAGACGCGAUGUCUACAUGGACAGGUAAUUGCAGGUGUGAUACAGACGAGACAAUAUAGGUACAAAAAAUAUAUCAGUUUUACAGGUGUGAUACAGACAACGACGAUCAAGAAAAAGAACUACUGAUGUGAUAUGAAUAGUUGUUAAAGAAUCUUGUAACUUAGAACCAUCAAUUAUAUCGUUAUACAAUGGGAGAACAGGUAAUGUAUGUGUUUCUAAAAUAUUUUAAUUUUAGAUAAAUUUUACUGUAUCUAGCUCUUAAAACAUUGGUGAGACAGAACAGAAAUGUGAUAAAAAGUACAUUUGUGCUAUAUAUAAGUAUACAGACUAACGAGUUAUAGGUAAAUAUAGACAGGUGUGAUAUGAUGCUGAGGAUAUUUUAUCAGAAAGAAUGUAUGUUUAUGAAUGCUCACAAGUGUAAAGACUGAUAUGUAUAGAUUUAAAGCGUUCGUUCAUGUUGAUGGUAUUCUCAGAAAACGUUAUAAACUUUCUCUUCAUAUUAUUGAUCCUUUUAAAAAGAUUUCAAAUUUUCUCAAAUAUACUGAUAAUUUCUUUAACUUGCAUGAUAAUCAAAAGAUUUUAGAUUUAGG